AUGACAAUAUGUAUGUACGUCCGUCACACUGGCUGGUUACCAUAUGUAUAUACGUCCGUCACACUGGCUGGUUACCAUAUAGAUCAAUUAACGUAUAAGUUGUGUCAAAAGAAAGGACAAGAACAUUUAGAUACAGCUAUAACACUAAAUAAUUUUGGUAAUGCUUAUUAUAAAAAACGAGAUUAUGCUGAAUCGUUAACGUAUCAUAAAAAAUCACUUAAAAUUCGACAAAAACAAUCAUCCAAUGAUCAUACUGAUAUUGCUGCAAAGCAUAAUGAUAUUGUUCAAAGUUUAAUAAAUAUUGCAGAUGUGCUUCUUGAUCAAGAUGAAUUGAAUACCGCAUUGGAAUUUUAUUCUCAAGUAUUAACAAUUCAGAAAAGAGACUUUGAUCCAAGAGGCCAUGAUGAUCUUGUCGCUCGUCUUAAUGGAAGUAACCGGCUUCAAAAAGGUCAUCGUCUUGAUGACGAUUUUAUUUGGUCUGAAUAUGCUGCACAACGCGCGAUGUCUUAUGACGACUGGACAAGAUCACCUACUCCAGUUAAUGAUGUUUCCCCUGUAGAUGAAAUUACUGAAGCUCCUCAAGAUGACACUGAUUAUCAAGGUGCUUUUAAUUUAUUGGAACAAAAAGUGAAUGAAUAUCGGGAAGAGUUUGGUGAAAACCAUCCAAAUGUUCAAACUAUACUGUCGACUGUGACAGAUAUGGUAAAAGAUUGCUGUCGUCGUCCUGUCAACUAUCAAGAUCUUCGAUUUUGUAAAAAAGUCUUGUUCAUAUUGGAAAAUUCUAAUCCACCACUAACUGAUACAGAGGACAUAUCAAUCUUACGUUUAGAUCGUAUUGGAAGCACUCAUCAACAAAGUGAUGAAUUUGAAUUAGCAUUGGUACACUUUGCUAGAAAAUUGAAAAUUCAUCAAUAA